AUGACGCCUGUCAUAUCUGAAUUUGGCUUUGCAAGAACGGGCGUGUGUGCCGGCCGUGCGACGCGCCAAAGCGGCUUGCACCGGGGCUGGUGCACUACAGCGUUAUACUUCAAUUCCAUGCCCGGCCUCCUAAGACCCGCACGUUUAAAUGCCCUACUCACUGAAUUUAUUAGAUCCCAGCUACUCAAAACCAGGUGUUUUAGUAGUAUAUUAGCAGGCAAGCGGUCUCAGCAGCGUCCUUGCGAGCAGGACAGCCUGCCGAGGCUGGCCCCGCUCGUAGCGCAGCACGGCGGCUGCGGCGGGCCCGGGCAGCGCGGCGGCGGAGCCCACAGGCGGCUGACGACAGCGGAAGCCGGGUGGCGGGGCCGGGCCGGCAGCGGGGCAGAGGCGGUGCCGGGCUGCCCUGCCCAUCCCAGGACAUCCCAGCCUUGCCCAGGGCAGGACACCCCAGCCCUGCGCGCUCCUGCGUGCGGCAGCGCCGGGGGAGCCGCGUUGGCCCGCUCCGCCAGCAUGUCUGCCCGCUGCUGCGCCGGCCAGCUGGCCUGCUGCUGUGGUACUGCUGCUUGUUCCUUGUGCUGCAAAUGCUGCCCCAAGAUAAAGCAGUCAACCAGCACCCGCUUCAUGUACGCGCUUUACUUCAUCCUGGUGACCAUCAUCUGCUGUGUCAUGAUGUCCACAACAGUAGCCAACGAAAUGAAAACUCAUAUUCCCUUCUACAAGCAGAUGUGCAAGGGUAUUCAGGCGGGUGAGAUGUGUGAGAAGUUGGUGGGAUACUCUGCAGUGUACAAAGUCUGUUUUGGAAUGGCCUGUUUCUUCUUUUUAUUCUUCUUGUUCACCAUCAAAAUUAACAACAGUAAAAGUUGCCGAGCAUACAUUCAUAAUGGAUUCUGGCUUAUUAAACUUAUAGUUCUGGCAGCAAUGUGCUCAGGAGCCUUCUUCAUUCCUGAUCAGGACACUUUCCUCAAUGCCUGGCGCUAUGUAGGAGCAACAGGAGGGUUCCUUUUCAUUGCCAUUCAGCUCAUCCUGCUGGUUGAGUUCGCACACAAGUGGAAUAAAAAUUGGACUGCAGGUGCCAACCACAAGCAGGUGUGGAAUGGCCUGCUUGCCCUGGUGACUCUCACGCUGUACUCCAUUGCCGUGGCAGCCCUGGUGCUCAUGGCCCUGUUCUACACGCGCCCGGAGGGCUGCCUGCACAACAAGGUGCUGAUCGGGGUGAACGGCGGCCUGUGCCUCCUGGUGUCCCUGGUGGCCAUUUCGCCCUGCGUCCAGAACCGCCAGCCCCAUUCUGGCUUGCUGCAGUCAGGAGUCAUCAGCUGCUAUGUCAUGUACCUCACUUUCUCAGCACUAUCCAGCAAACCACCAGAAACAAUCCUGGAUGAAAACAACCGGAAUAUCACAAUCUGUGUACCUGAAUUCAGUCAAGGCCUGCACAGAGAUGAAAACCUGGUUACUGGCUUGGGUACUACGAUUCUGUUUGGCUGCAUUUUAUAUUCUUGUUUGACCUCAACAACACGUGCAAGCUCAGAGGCACUGAGAGGAAUAUAUGCAACAGCUGAAACUGAAGUAGCUCGUUGCUGCUUUUGCUGUGCACCUGAUGGAGACGCUGAUGCUGAAGAGCAUGUUGAGAAAAGGGGAGGCCAGACUGUGGUUUAUGAUGAGAAGAAGGGCACAGUGUACAGUUAUGCCUACUUCCACUUUGUUUUUUUCCUGGCUUCUCUCUAUGUGAUGAUGACAGUAACUCAUUGGUUCCAUUAUGAAAGUGCUCAGAUUGAAAAAUUCUUCACUGGAACCUGGUCUAUCUUCUGGAUUAAGAUGGUCUCCUGUUGGGUUUGUGUCUGUCUGUACUUAUGGACUCUUAUUGCUCCACUCUGUUGCCCAACCAGAGAGUUCUCAGUGUGAACAGUCUAAAGGUCAUUUAAAGUUUUUCUCUUUUUGGUUUUUUUUUCUCUUUUUUUUUUGGAAUGAGGA